AUGGUAUACAGACCGGUCUCCGUUGUCUUCUUUUUCGCUACAGUUCUUCUCUUAACUUUGCUGGUCUCAAGAAUAUCUAACCGUUGCUCAACAGCCUUGGCAUUUCAACAUCAAGCAAAUGUCUUAAGCACAGAGCCCUAUCUAAAACAAAAGCUUGCACACGCUGAGAAACUCUGGGAAAAGUCUAUACAAGGCCGUAAGGAGAUGGUCAGGCAAUCUGGCUACGAUCGAAAGUUCCCCGAUGGCUACAUAAACCCCUUCAAUGUUUGGGAAUUUGCUCGGCCUAGUUUCAAUUGUCCCCACGACCUCGAAAGAGUGGGACAGCUAGGCGAUGGUGGCAAGAUCGUUUGCGCAAUGUCGCGGUACGAGAAGGAGUGUCCUGGCCCGUCGUCAAAGACCAACCCGGCACGGGAACUCAUCGUUUACUCUUUUGGUGUUGAUGACGACUCUUCGUUCGAAGCAGAGCUGUUGCACCGUACGAAUGCUCGUAUUUGGGGAUAUGAUAUGAGCGUCAACUCGUGGGCAGAACAAAUUCCUGAGUAUCAAUACCCACGUGCCAGUUUCGAGAAGGUUGCAAUUGGCAAAGAGACAGAUAUGAAAGCGAAUCCUCCUAUAGUCACAAUCCAGGACCUCAUGAAGAUGAACGGUCAUUCAUAUGUCGACCUCCUCAAAAUGGACAUCGAGGGGGCUGAGUUUGAUUCCCUUACCUCUCUUAUUGAAUCUAUCAUAAAAGACGGUAACUCAACUCUCCCUUUCGGCCAAUUGCUGAUUGAGAUCCAUAUUAUGAAGGAUCCUCCUGGUUUUAAAAUUCCCACCAAUCUUGAAACAUGGUUGAAGUGGUGGUCGUCCUUGGAGGCCAUGGGCUUGAGACCAGUGAACAGUGAGGAUAACUGGAUCGGCGACAGAGUGUAUGCCGCGCCCAGAUUCAUGGAGUACACCUUGAUCAAUAUCAUGGAUAAGGACAAGAAUUUACUGCUAUGGACAUGA